AUGCAAUUAAAUAGUGAGAACUUUGAAAGUUUGUCUUCAAAUGCUGUUAAAUUAGAUAAGUGCAAUUCUGAUGAGAAAGAAGCUUCUUCGACACUGCGACAGCGCCUCCACUUCUUUAAAAACAUCGCAAAUAUAUUUGAUUCUGCUUCGGAAAAAUUAUCUUCCCUUGAAGUACCAGAAUCAAAUGAAAUGAAUAGUUAUCGCGUAAUUAUUCGUGAUCUUGGUAUUAUAAUGAAAAAAAGUGAUAUAGUUGUUCAACAUGGAAAAUUAAUCUCUGAAGUACUCUUCGGAUUGGAUAACGAAAUUAAAGAUGCAAGUGACGAAAUUGAAGAAUUUCGACAUCAAGCAAAGAAUUUCUUUUGGUCUCAAGGAAGUGAAAUGAAUUCAAUUAUACAAGAAAUUGAAAAAUCUCAACGAUUCGACGAUUCCUUAAUAAAUCAUAUUAUGGGAUUAAAUAGCCAAUCUUUAUCAAAUAGUCUUGAAAGCUUUAUUCGUGAACGUCUCAAAGCAUUAGCAAAACAAAUACCUGGUUUUCAGGAUCAACUUAAGCGUGUUAUUAGUUCUAUUAAUAAAAUUCAAGAAGGUGCAAGCAGUGCUCACGAGUAUUUGAUUGAUGGUGAACGUGAAGCUGAAAAAGCCUUAAAAGAACACUGGUCAGGAAAUGUUAUCGAUUAUUCGUUGAGAAAGCGAGCUGAAAAAGAACUUGUACAAGUUCAAUAUAUUAUAACAUUAUUGCGAGAGAUAGCUCCGAGCCUUAUCAAUUUUGAAGUCUUUUUGAAAGAGUACCGCCGCAGGAUUCAAGAUGUUACAAAAGAAGUUAAAAGUAUUCCAAAAAAGCCAACUGCUGAAGAUAUAAAAUAUUUGAAAAAAGCGAUCGUUGAUCUUGAAGAACAUCACGCAAAAUUCUCUUCCGCAGAGAAAAAAAUGGGGCAAAAGUCAAAAGAUUAUUAUUUUGAAAAUAUAAUUAAUAAUCAAAAUCGGGAUUGUACUGAAUUUCGUGCAUUAAUUGAAAAGUCUAAUAACGUUCAUCUUAAAAAAAUAAGGAUUUGGUCAUCGGAUAUGGUAAAUGCCAUUGCAUUCCUCUAUUCAGAUGAUACGUCUGUCAUAUACGGUUCACCAGGCGAUGGUGAUAGUGAAUCUUAUGACUUUGAUUGGAAUAAAGGUGAAAAAAUUCAGCAGCUCCUUAUACGAGUUGGAUCUGUAUUGUAUGCUAUCCAAUUUCAUACUGAUCAAGGUCGAGUUUCUGAGUGGCGCGGUGGUGAUAAAGGGACUACUUAUGUAGUACAUUCAGGAAAUCAUAUGUCAUCUAUUGGAAUUCACGGAAGUUUUUCAAGGCAAAUAUGUAGUAUUG